AUGCCAGUUGGGAUGGCUCGAGAUCUGGAGGAAACUGGCUCAUCUUCGGAGGAGGAAGAUGAUGUAGAUGGGUUGAAGGAUCACCCAUGUAUCAGGUGGACUGGUGGAGGUUACAGGCGGAUCCCUGUCUUGGUGUUUCAUGCGGAAGCCAUUCUGACCAAUGACAGCUACCUCCGCCUGAUUGGAGAGCGCUACCGCUUGUCCUAUAAGAUUGUGCGAACAGACAGCCGCCUGGUCCGAAGCAUUCUGACUGCCCAUGGCUUCCAUGAGGUGCACCCUAAUAGCAGUGAUUAUAAUCUCAUGUGGACAGGAUCACACUUGAAGCCCUACUUGCUGCGCUCCCUUACAGAUAUUCAGAAAGUCAAUCAUUUCCCUAGGUCAUAUGAACUGACCCGAAAGGACAGACUAUACAAGAAUGUCAGUCGUAUGCAGCUGGCCCAUGGAUUCAAGACAUUCCAUAUCCUACCUCAGACCUUUAUCCUCCCAGCUGAAUACCAGGACUUCUGCAAUACCUAUUCUAAGGACAGAGGCCUAUGGAUAGUGAAGCCUGUGGCCUCUUCCAGGGGUCGGGGUGUCUACCUGAUAAACAAUCCAAACCAGAUUGUCCUGAAAGACAACAUCCUGGUUUCUCGUUACAUCAGCAACCCCCUGCUCAUAGACGAUUUCAAAUUCGACGUGCGCCUCUACGUUCUGGUUACAUCCUAUGAUCCCCUGGUCAUCUAUCUCUACGAGGAAGGAUUGGCCAGGUUUGCAACAGUGAGGUACAACCAGGCAUCCAAGAACAUCAAAAACCAGUUCAUGCAUCUGACCAACUACAGUGUCAACAAAAAGAGUGGAGAUUAUGUCAGCUGUGAUGAUCCUGAUGUAGAGGAUUAUGGAAACAAGUGGAGCAUGAGUGCAAUGCUGAGGUACUUAAAACAAGAGGGGAGAGACACCUCAGGUCUGCUGGGAGUAAAUGUAUCUGCAGAGCAGAAUCCAGCACUGAUGGCCAAUGUGGAGGACCUGAUUAUCAAGACUGUGGUUUCUGCUGAGCUGGCCAUUGCCACAGCUUGUAAAACUUUUCUUUCACAUCGUGGCAGCUGCUUUGAGCUGUAUGGUUUUGAUGUCCUUAUUGAUGACACUCUCAAGCCCUGGCUGUUGGAGGUGAAUCUGUCCCCAUCAUUGGCCUGUGAUGCUCCUUUGGACCUGAAGAUCAAAGCUAGCAUGCUCUCAGAUAUGUUCACUCUUGUAGGUUUUGUGUGCCAGGAUCCAGGCCAGCGGUCAAGUCGGGCCAUUUAUCAUUCCUCUGAAUCUGUCAGAAGAAAUCCAUACCAGAAGGUGCAGCGUCCUGUGUCUGCACAGUCACAAACAGCAAACCUCAGAUUGCGUACUCGUCCUCUGUCUGCCAGUGAUGCUGAAAUUAAAACCUCUGUGCCCUCAAGCAGGGAAAAAGCAACAGGAAGGCAAGGCAGCUCUGUGCUAGGUCUCUCUAUAGAGGAGAUAAAAGUUCUUCGCCGAGUGAGAGAGGAGAAUGAACGGAGAGGAGGCUUCGUCCGGAUAUUCCCCACCCCGUUAACGUGGGACCUUUAUGGAUCCUUUUUAGAGCACAAGACAUCAAUGAACUACAUGCUGGCCACUCGUCUGUUUCAGGAAAGGGGCAGGACAAAAAGAGACUUCAUCACUGGAAGGUCCCGAGCAGGUCUUAGUGGAAGGCUGGAUAUGAGGCUGGAAGCUGUAGAUUCUCAUGUUCUGUUUUAUGAGAGAAAGCUUCUUUCACUGGAGCUACGGAAGCGCCGGCGAUGUCAUGAUAAGGCUAGAGCAGCACGGACAAGAUCAACAGGGACAUCAGAAUCCACAAACGUGUCCCUCAAAUCAGACACAGAAGGUGAGGAGGAAGAGGAGGUGGAUGCAGAUGAAGAUGAAGAGCUAGAAAGAACUGUUAGCUCUCUUUCAGAGACCCAAGUGAAAAGCAAGGCAAAGCUCUCUGAUUUGGUGGAAACCAAUUGCAAGGAAGGAUUGCCAAAAACACUUGACAAGAAAACUGGAGAUGGAGGAGAGCCGUUUCUUCAAAAAACAGGCUCAGAAUCUCAGUUUAAUUUGCUGCACUUUCUUCAAAAGCAUGGAAACCUGAGCAAAGUGCAAGCUCGCAAGGCUUUCUCUGCCUAUCUACAGCAUGUUCAGUUGCGACUGAUGAAGGAGGCUAGUGACCGGAUCCAGAAUCCUGCCUGGGCUGCCAAAGAGGAUGAGCAAAUGGAGCUUGUGGUACGUUUUCUGAAGCGAGCUGCCAACAAUCUUCAGCAGUCCUUGAAGAUGCUGCUCCCAAGCCGUUGUUUAGGACUCAGUGACCGUCGUCGUAUCCUGGCUCACCAGCUGGGCGAGUUCCUGAUCUGUUAUAAUAAGGAAACAGAGCAGAUGGUUCAGAAGCGAUCAAAAAAGAAACAGGAAGAGGAGGAGGAGGGAGUGACUCCUGAAGGUUUUCAGAACUUUAUUACCAGAGCAAGUGAAAGUGACCUGGAGGAAGUACUGACGUUUUACACACACAAAAACAGGUCUGCAAGUGUCUUCCUAGGAACAAAUUCCACAAGCACAAAACCCAGCAACAACAGUAACCAAUCAGAGAAACAGUCUCAAGGGGAGCAUCCUGAGGUGGUGAAAAAAAUAAAAGGCUAUCAGCCCAAAGCUUCAGUUGCAAGUCUGCCUGCAGAAGGACCAUUAAAGGGCUGUAAACCCAAAGAAGUUAAAUCAACUCUUCCAGAAGGAGCCAUCUUCUCCUUAAAUGCUGAAGUGAAAUUACCUCGCUGUGGCCCUCCUAGUGCUUCUUCCUCUGCUUCUGGCACUGCCUUCCAGAGAAGUACCAAUUCCUGGAUACCAUCUCAGUCUGCAGCCUCUGAAAAUUCACAGGUGCCUGGUCACCAUUUGUUGCUGGCCCCUCCAGCUGAUCCCAGGCUGACUCAGUCCCUAUUCCCACUACCCCCUUCGCAGAGCACUGCUCCUGACAACUCUUCUGUCUUCACAAACCCAGCGUGCAGUGAGGCUUCAAGCCUUGCAGGGUUACAUCAUUGUCAUUCUAGUAGCUACACUGCUGGCCCAUUCUCAUCUUUUCAGAGAGCUGCUCAGAUCUACAGCCAAAGAUUGUCCCGACCGUCCUCUGCAAAAGUAGGAUUGCGUCAUCGCAUUCCGGCUAGGCAGCGUGUGAGCUCAGCCAGGAUGCACAAAGAUGCAGAAGAUACUACUCAGAGCAAACUUUGUGACUCCAGUAUGGGAGCAACAGAACCGCAGCAGCAGUCAGAAAAGCAAGCAGCCUGUCAGUAUUCCCUACCAAGCCACAUCAGCCUCCUUACACAGCAGUUAACAAACCUGAACUUGGCAAGUGGAGCUGUAAGCAAGGGGAAUGCAGCUGCCCCACAGAGCUACCGGUCACAACUCAACAAAAGAGGGUCAUUGCAGGCUGUUCAGUCAGACACUCAUAUAGCUGACAAACAAGCUGUCCCUUCAGCAGUCAGGGCUCCAGAGAAUCAUCAUUUUGCCAGGGAAGGAGAAAUGGAGGACAGUAUCUACAACAAGGUGACACGAAGUCCACUGGCACAUCCCAACUAUCAGCUCCAUUUUGCUGUGCAGCAGCUUGAGCAUCAGAAACUUCAGUCACACCAGCUGUUGGAGCAAAGCCAAGCCCGGAACCAGGCUCUUUUUGCCAGCUACUCAGAGUCCUGCACCAGCCAUAUAUCUGUGCCAUCUGGCUCUGAUGCCUGCAAGACAUCAAGUGCCACUUCUAGUAUCCAGAAGGCAGCCAGUUUGCACAAGGUGAUGCCAUCCCCGAGUACACCUUCUCGGCUGGUUCCAAAGCCUCCAGCAAACCACAGCCAGGCAGUGGUCAGAAAGGCUGCAGCCCAGAGGAUUUCCAAGGUGACCUCCACUGAAAGGCAACUGAGCAGAUUGCAGAACAACCUUCACAGUGCUACAUCCUGUGAGCCAGGGACAAAUUCCACAGCCUCUGCUCAAAGAGAAGGACUAACACUGAACACCAGAUAA